UCAAUUUAUCACCAGUUUGUGACAGAAAUGAGUCGCGGUAAAGUCGUUUUGGCCUAUUCUGGCGGUUUGGACACCAGUUGCAUCCUAAGAUGGCUAUUGGACCAAAACUACGAAGUCAUUUGUUACAUGGCCAACAUUGGCCAAGACGAAGAUUUCGAAGCUGCGAGGCGAAAAGCCGAGCAAAUUGGCGCAUCUCAGGUUGUGAUUGAAGAUUUGAGGGAGAUUUUUGUAAAAGAAUACGUCUGGCCGGCCAUUCAAGCCGGUCUCUUGUACGAAUCAAGAUACCUGCUUGGUACUUCUUUGGCACGACCUUGUAUAUCAGUAGGUUUGAUAACUGCGGCAAAAAAAUAUAACGCCCUGUAUAUUUCUCAUGGGGCUACUGGUAAAGGCAACGACCAAGUCAGGUUUGAACUGUCGUGUUAUUCCCUCUGGCCGGAUGUGAAAAUAAUUGCGCCUUGGAGGAUCAAAGAGUUUACGUCACGGUUUCAAGGCCGUCAAGACCUUAUCAAAUAUGCGUCCUUGAACAAUAUCCCGGUCCCGGUGACUCCCAAGGCUCCCUGGAGUAUGGAUGCCAACCUAAUGCACGUUAGUUACGAAUCAGGAAUUUUGGAAAACCCUAACAAUGAACCACCUCAUGACCUUUUCCACAUGACUCAAGACUUGGCCAAGACGCCUAACGAGCCCUUUAAACUGUCAAUUGAGUUCUGUCAAGGUCUCCCAGUCAAGGUCAUAACCCAAGAUGCGCAAGUUUUCGAUAAACCGUUAGAAAUGUUCACUUAUUUGAACCAAAUCGCGGGAAAACACGGCAUUGGUCGCAUUGACAUCGUCGAGAACCGUUUCAUUGGUCUAAAGUCACGUGGUGUGUAUGAAACGCCCGCUGGGCAUAUCUUACACGUGGCACACACCGAUUUGGAGGUUUUUUGCCUCGAUAAGGAAGUGUACAGAGUGAAGCAGAAUUUGAAAGAGAAGUUGUCCGAUUUUGUUUAUAACGGGUUUUGGUUUUCGCCGGAAGGUGAAUACGUGAGGAAAUGUAUCGCAUUGGCUGAGGAAACUGUCACUGGGAAAGUCAAUAUGGAGGUUUAUAAGGGAAAUGUUGUUGUUUUGGGACGUUGGUCACCCGUUUCGCUCUAUAACGAGGAACUCGUUUCAAUGGAUAAACAUUCCGAGUUUUCGCCAAGUGACGCCACUGGGUUUAUUAAUAUUCAAGCGAUUAGGUUGAAGGAAUACCACAGGUUUCAGAAGCAACAAAACAAAUGAAGGUUUUCGGAGCCAACGAGGGAACCAAAUUUAUUUUUUCGAAAUAUAAUGUUUGUUUUUUCAUAAAAUAAAGUUUAUAAUAUAAAUAAAAAAUAUAAAACAAUAUAUAUAUAUAUAUGUAUAUAUAUAAUAUAUAAUAUUAUAUAUUAUUAUAUUAUUA